UCUCCUGAACCUCGCUUAGAGCCUUCUACGUCUCCUUUGUGUACUAGCUUGAUCUACACUCCCACGCUCUCUCCUUUUCUUUCCUUCUCUGCCUCGCUCGCUCAUCAUGAGCUCGCAGCGUUAUCAACGGGUAAACGCCCACGACGAAGAUGACCCAAAUCCUUACCCGUCGAAUCCGUCCCGGUCGAACUCGCACCUCACUCCGUCCUCUCCACCUCCCUCGUUCCACUCUCGCUCCUCCUCGCCUUCCUCUAGACGCCUUUUAAACGAUGAGUCUCGCCGGGCCGACGAUGCGGAUCAGACUCUUGCCGACGCGUUCGACGAUGGGAGCGACUCGGAGGCUGAAAAUGAGCCUGACGAUAGGCAGCGCUUAAUGCGGGCGAACCCCGAGCCGCGAUCUAUUGCCGGUGGUAGCGACUACAACAACGAUGAUAACGGGGACGGGAACGGUAGUGCCGCCGCGUCUUCGUCAAGCCAAGGGGGAGGGCAAGGACAGCAGCAACAGGAUCAGACACAGCAGCAGAGUCGGGGGAUCUUUAGAAGGCUGACUAUCCUUCCAUCGUUUACGCCUUCAUCUUCUGCGCCGGGUCGUGUGAUCGGAUCGAAUGAUGGUGUGUUUGCGAAUUUGGCGGCUAAGCCUGAGAGGGGUGAGAAGAAUGAGGAUUUGCCUCCGUCCUACGAAGAAGCAGCCGCCGAUGCGACUCCGCCGUACUGGGAAACUACUAUCUUGGCGCCAGGCAUCUCGUCCGAUGAGGUGUUCGUGGAUGGACUGCCGGUUGGGUCGAUCUUCUCCUUUGUCUGGAACGCCAUGAUUUCCAUGUCUUUCCAACUGGUCGGAUUCCUCCUCACCUAUCUCUUACACACGACACAUGCAGCGAAGAACGGAAGCAGAGCUGGUCUCGGCCUUACCCUCGUGCAGUAUGGAUUCUACAUGAAAGGCGGAAGCGAUACGAAACCGGAAGAUGGCGGUGAUGCGGACCAAUAUGUCAACCCUCCAGACCCGAACAGCCACAACUUCGACCCCGAUGCAGUAACAGACGGUUCUGGUGGCGAUGGCAGCGGUGCUAUGUCUGCUAUUAGCACUAGCGAGUGGAUCUCCUACGUCUUGAUGAUCGUCGGUUGGUUUAUUUUGAUCCGCGCCAUCAGUGACUUCUUGCGGGCCCGACGCCACGAGCAGCUUGUAUUACAGAGUCCUGACCGUGGACUCGGCGUUCCAGUUAUCGCGGAGGGUGAGAGAGCAGAGACGGUGGUUUGAUACACUUGGCAAACAACAAUCAAAUGGGUUUUCUUCUUGGGACAGCACAGUCAUUAUUAUUGCGUAUAGGUUGGGAAUGUCAUUGGGAGCAUGGAGUUAUGAACAUUUGUUUGUAUGGACAUGGUUGGGUUUAAUAUCAUACGGGGGCAUUAUCCGCCGGCUUUCACUUGAUUUCAAUUUCCCAUUUGUUAUUUUCUUUUUGUUUGUUUCCUUUUGAUGUAUGUUUGAUACUUGGGAUUGCGCAUUCAGCGCACUAAGCAUACCAUGUAGCUAUAUUCGUUGGGAAGAGAUACCAAUCAAGACG